CCGGCCCCAGAGUUUGUUUGUGCUGCUCCUCCCCUCCUCACUGGACUCGACUCCAGAUGCCGUGGCUCACGCGGUAUCUCCUUCCUAUAGGAUUAAACUUCGUGGUAUUAUAUUGUACGGUGCUCAAGUACUGUUCUCCUUUAUCCCUCCCUAUCUCCAUCCUUCUUCGGGUGCAGUGCCGGCCAGCAGCAUGUUGCGCGCGUGCUCCCCCCUUGCGCCACGAGUCGCAAACGCGAAAAGCCCUACUAUGUUUCAUUACCGAACCCAAGUCUUAUCUUGGGAAACUACUCGGUGCGGGGAAGGCUUGAUAUCAAAAUACGCUGAUCCCUCCGUCUUGUCGCUUGGCCUUGUUAUAAUAUCUAUUGGCAGAGCCAUAGCUCUUGGAUUCAUUACCAACUAACAGCAUAGCAAGCAUGAGUGAGGAAAAACAAGUUAUCGCGUCCAUCGUGGCGACAGACGAUGCCGUUAGUGGUGGUGAGAAGCCAGUCGACGCCGACGAGCUGAGACUGGCACAGAUGGGUCACAAACAAGAAUUGGAUCGUCACUUUGGAAUUUUUAGUCUCAUCGGCCUCGCGUCGACGACGACCAUCUCAUGGACAGGUCUCGGACUCGGGCUGGUCACUGAGAUUUCCGCUGGAGGCCCAGGAGCCGUUAUCUAUGGCUUUAUCCUCGUCUGGAUUCUGCAAUCCUUCUUGGGCGCGUCGCUCGCCGAGUUCGUCUCCUCCUACCCAACUGAGGGUGCCAUGUACCAUUGGAUUGCCGCCAUCGCCCCACGGAGGAUGACCGGCUACCUCAGCUUCGUCACGGGCUGGUGCACUGUCUUCGGAUGGAUCUUCACGGCCGCGUCGACGAAUCUGAUUUACUCGCAGAAUUUCAUGGCAUUGAUUGCAUUGUACCAUAGAGAUCUCGUGAUCAAGGCCUGGAUGACCUUUGUUGUGUACCAGGUCUUGAACUUGGCGACGGCAUCGAUCGUUAUGUUUGGCAACAAGGCCAUCCCCGGCCUCAACCGAUUUUCUCUUUUCUACCUCCAGCUCGCUUGGUUCGUGAUCAUGGUCACGGUGGCUGCUACAGCGCCGUCUCAUCGGGAUACCGAGUUUGUCUUCAGGACGUGGAUAAACAAUACGGGAUGGGAGUCGAAUGUGAUUUGCUUCAUUACGGGGUUGGUGAAUCCACUGUACAGUCUUGGCGGGUUGGACGGGAUUUCUCAUAUCACCGAGGAGAUGCCAAAUCCUUCGCGAAACGCACCUCUUGCUAUUGCCAUCACCCUCGCCAUCGCCUUUGUGACUGGCUUGACAUAUCUCAUCACUCUCAUGUUCUCCGUCCAGGAUUACUCGGCGCUAGCUACCACUUCCACCGGCCUCCCGCUUGCGGAACUCUUCCUGCAGGCAACCCAGUCAGUCGGUGGUGCUUUCGCACUGACGUUCAUGCUGUGGAUCGCCAUUGGGCCCUGCAUGGUCGGCUCUCAACUAAGCACUGGGCGAAUCUUCUGGGCCUUCUCACGCGACGGCGCCCUUCCCUUCUCUUCCACGUAAGACUCACAACUCCCAUCUUACUCCGCAAUCCACUACAAAUCUUCCCAGCUGUUCUAAAGUCCACCCCACCCUCCGCAUUCCCUUAAAUGCCCAGCUUGCCGUCACGGCUAUAAUCGCGAUCCUCGGGUGUUUGUAUCUCGGCUCAUCGACGGCUUUCAAUGCCCUCCUCGGAUCGGCCGUCACGAUCAACAACCUUGCGUACCUAGUACCAAUCCUCACCAACGUGCUGAUGCGGCGAACUACCAUACACCGUGGCACCUUCCAUAUGAGCUAUGCCGUCGGGAUGACGGUCAAUAUCAUAACCGUCGCGUGGCUCAUAUUUGCGAUUGUAUUCUUCUCGUUUCCCUACGUGAAGCCUGUUUCUGCGCAAAAUAUGAACUACACAUGUGCCUGUGUUGGAGGGUUCCUUGUGCUGGAGACGGCGUGGUGGUUCGUGGCUGGGAAGGAGUAUACGGCGAAGAUUUUGAAGGCGAGGGAGGAGAACCAUGUAGCGGAGGUUACGGGGAGGGAUGAGAAGAGGGAGUGAGACCGGGUUCUUUAGGGAGCGUACUAUGACUGGAAUGCUUAAUCUACUUUGUUUUGUGCGCAAAUCAUUGAGAGUCUCGUAUCCG